AUGGCAACAACACCAUCAACACAGCCACAAGACCACCAACAAUUAACUCCUCCUCCCCUCAAAGUUGACCUCGAGGGACAAACCGAACAAGCCCUCGAGAAAGAGAUUGAGGUCGUCGACUUCUCAAAGCGUGCUCAGUGGCUCCGCGCCGCCGUGCUGGGUGCAAAUGACGGCCUGCUCUCUACGGCAUCGCUUAUGAUGGGCGUCGGGGCCAUCCGCAAGGACAUCAAGACCAUGGCGAUAACCGGGGUGGCGGGGCUGAUUGCCGGGGCUUGCAGCAUGGCCAUCGGGGAGCUUGUAUCUGUGUACUCGCAAUACGACAUCGAGGUGGCCCGGAUCAAGCGAGAGGACCGGAACGGAGCCUUAGGAGUUGAAGAGAUGGAUGCAAGGAAUGAGAAGCUGCCGAGCCCAUGGAAGGCCGCGGGGGCAUCGGCACCGGCCUUUGCACUGGGGGCACUAGUGCCGCUCCUUGCGGCGAUUUUCAUAAAGGAGUACAAGGUGAGACUAGCGAUGGUGAUAAUGGCGGUGAGUGUAGCAUUGGUCGGGUUUGGCGGGCUAAGCGCUGUGCUAGGGAAUGUGCCGGUAGUGAAGUCGGCUUCUAGAGUGCUGCUUGGAGGGUGGUUGGCCAUGGGCGCCACCUUUGGUUUGACCAAGAUGAUUGGCUCUACUGGUCUAGAAUAA